AUGGGCAGCGACGAUGCCACCGACACUUCGAAAAGUCUUCAGGAAACUGUAACAUCGUCUUCAUCUACCUUACUUCCUUUAUCACCUUCUGUGGACCAACUUUCGCGUCCACUUUCACUUGAUGAAACCCACAAACUGAAUGAUGAAUGGACUCUUUGGUUCUUGAAGCCACCAGCACAAGGUCUUGAAUGGAGCGAUCUAUUAAAGGAAGUGAUUUCCUUUCAGACGGUUGAGGAGUUCUGGGGAAUCUUUAACAAUAUUUCAAAGGCUUCCAUGCUUCCAGCAAAGUCAGAUUAUUCCUACUUCAUUAAAGGUAUUCGACCCGAAUGGGAGGAUCCUCAAAACAUGAACGGCGGAAAAUGGGCCUACCAAAAUAGACACCGUGGAUCCAAUGUUGAUGAACUUUGGCUUUGCACGGUGCUGUGUGCCAUAGGCGGAACACUCGAUCCUACGGGACGUGAAGUUACGGGUGUAGUAUGCAAUAUGCGUAAAGGAUUCUACCGUAUCGCUGUUUGGACGCGUUCCUGUACCGAUAAGGAGGCUCUUACACGCAUUGGUUUGAGAUUUAAAGAAAUUCUCCAUCUCACAGAUAAAGAAACAAUCGAGUUUAGUGCUCAUGAAGACUCCUCGAAAUCUGGCAGCAUGCGGGCAAAAUCUCGGUUGAGUUUGUAA